AUGGCCCGUACCAAGCAGACCGCCCGCAAGUCCACCGGUGGCAAGGCUCCCCGUAAGCAGCUCGCCACCAAGGCUGCCCGCAAGUCGGCCCCCUCCACCGGCGGCGUCAAGAAGCCCCACCGCUACCGCCCCGGUACCGUCGCCCUUCGUGAGAUUCGUCGCUACCAGAAGUCGACUGAGCUCCUUAUUCGCAAGCUUCCCUUCCAGCGCCUUGUCCGUGAGAUCGCGCAGGACUUCAAGACCGACCUCCGCUUCCAGUCGUCCGCCGUCCUCGCUCUUCAGGAGGCCUCGGAGGCCUACCUCGUCUCGCUGUUCGAGGACACCAACCUUGCCGCUAUCCACGCCAAGCGUGUCACCAUCCAGCCCAAGGACCUCCAGCUCGCACGUCGCCUCCGUGGUGAGCGCUCUUAA